AUGCAGGAUUGUCAUGCGGCACUUUCGAAUUGGCUUCACGCCUGGUCCCCUGCCAAGAAGUCCUGGUGCUGUGUCGUGCCGGCCGUGCCAGCUCAUGAUGUGGACGUGUCCAGUGACAUGGUGAGGAUGAUCCUUGGUCAGAAGGCUGAUGUUAACCAUGGGGACCAAUUCGGCUAUACAGCCCUCAUGCUCGCCGCGCAGUUCAACCAAUCCACCGACACAGUCCAAGCGAUGCUAGAUCACAAGGCAGAUGUGAACCGCAACAGCACAUAUGGCAGCACCGCCCUGACACUUGCCGCCCAGUAUGGCUCCACGGAGAUGGUUCGGGUGAUCUUGGGCCACAAAGCUGAUGUGAACCAUCAAAUGAAGAAUGGAGGCGCUGCUGUCGCAGUUGCUGCCCACUUUGGCUCUCCCGAGAUGGUGCGGUUGCUCCUGAAGCACAAAGCCGACGUGAAUGCUAGGGACGAGCACGGCACCACAGUGCUUAUGAGUGCAUUUAGUUCCAAGCAUCCGACCGACAUGGUUCAAGUGGUGCUGGAUCACAAGGCAGAUGUGAAUCGCAACGACACAUUUGGCAAUACCGCCCUGACACUUGCCGCCCAUUAUGGCUCCACGGAGAUGGUUCGGGUGAUCUUGGGCCACAAAGCUGAUGUGAACCAUCAAAUGAAGAAUGGAGGCGCUGCUGUCGCAGUUGCUGCCCACUUUGGCUCUCCCGAGAUGGUGCGGUUGCUCCUGCAGCACAAAGCCGACGUGAAUGCCAGGGACGAGCACGGCACCACAGUGCUUAUGAAUGCAUUAUUUGGUUCCAAGCAUCCGACCGACAUGGUUCAAGUGGUGCUGGAUCACAAGGCAGAUGUGAAUCGCAACAACACGUUUGGCAAUACCGCCCUGACACUUGCCGCCCGGCAUGGCUCCACCGAGAUGGUUCGGGCGAUGCUGGAUCACAAGGCAGAUGUGAACCAUCACAACAGGGUUGGAGGCGCCGCCCUCACCAUCGCCGCCCAGUAUGGCUCCACGGAGAUGGUUCGGGUGAUCUUGGGCCACAAAGCUGAUGUGAACCAUCAAAUGAAGAAUGGAGGCGCUGCUGUCGCAGUUGCUGCCCACUUUGGCUCUCCCGAGAUGGUGCGGUUGCUCCUGAAGCACAAAGCCGACGUGAAUGCCAGGGACGAGCACGGCACCACAGUGCUUAUGAAUGCAUUAUUUGGUUCCAAGCAUCCGACCGACAUGGUUCAAGUGGUGCUGGAUCACAAGGCAGACGUGGAUGCGGAGGAUGCGAAAGGCUACACGCCACUAAUGCUUGCAAUUAAACACAGCUCUGACGAGACCAUCAAGCUGAUCCUGGAUUGCGACCCUGACGUAAACAAGCACAGCUUUGGGGGCUCAACAGCACUGAUGCUGGCUUCUUCGGGCAGGUCUCUGACCAUAGUGGAACGGAUCCUCCAACACAGGGCUUUGCCGAAUGCUGUUCGACCCUUCGAUGGACUUACGGCCUUUCAUUGGGCUGCUAGAGCAGGCAACGGAGGAGCAAUCUUCUCGCUUCUGAAGCAUCGCGCAGAUGCAAACGCAAAGAACGCUGCUGGCCAAACACCACUCAUGGUUGCAGUUCAGAGCGGCUUGUUAAGCACAGCCGAGUACAUCGUUGAACACGGAGCGGCUCUGGAGCUACGGUCCAACACCGGCCAGACUGCUUUGCAGAUGUCGCAACAGCGACUCUUCCAGAGUGAGAAGCAGGUCCAGCACGCCAUCGGCAAUAUCAAGAGGUCAACUUCUUAUACGGGCCACGUCCGGAAGCAGUUGCUGGACGCUGUCGAGAACGAGGCUCGGACCGCAAAGUUGUCAGGGAGCCUCUCCUCGAAGACCGACAGUGGCUUUGCCGUUUUUCGCAGUCAGCUGAAUUCCUCCUUUCUUUG